CCUGAAAACCAGGAAGACAAGAAAUAUGUGUUGUCGUUUUUUUUUUUUAGUACUCUAUGUAUGCAGUUUGCCAUGUCAGCUUAUUGCUAAAGGAGUGCACAUUACCAGAAACGAAACACAAGAAGAAACCUGAAUCAUUUGCUUUAACAAUGAAAGUGCAGCGUAUUUUAACAGCUCUAUUGCUUGUGAGUAAUAUAACUUCAUCUUCAUGUUUUCUGGAAGCCUUCACAGAUGCCUUGAAGCAUUCUGCAGUUUACAAAUUUUUUGAAAGGGACGAUUUGCUGGUUUUUGACCCUAAACGUUUGGAGAAAGAUUUGAAUGACUUUCUUUUUGGCCAGCACAUCGCAUCUAAUGUUAUAUUAAAAUCGGUAUCAUCAUUUAUGACUGACAGCAAACCAAACAAACCGCUGGUCCUCUCUCUUCAUGGCACUACAGGAACCGGGAAAAAUCACGUCACUAAAAUUCUUGCAAGAAACAUUUACAAAAAAGGGGAAGAGAGCAAGCAUGUUCAGAUUUAUGUUUCAGAAUAUAAUUUCCCAGAUAGAGGAAAGGUUGACUUAUACACAGCUCAGCUAAGGCAGUGGAUUUAUGGAAAUGUAUCCAGCUUUCCCCGGUCCAUGUUCAUAUUUGAUGAAAUGGACAAGAUGCAACCACAGCUGAUUGAUGUCUUAAAACCUUUUCUGGACUACUCUCUGGUGAAUGGAGUAUCAUUUCACAAUGCAAUCUUCAUUUUUCUCAGCAAUGCUGGUGGGAAAGUGAUUGCUGACUUGGCUCUAGAUUUUUGGAGAGAAGGGAAAAAUCGGGAAGAUCUGUGGAUGAACAGCAGGGAGCUGGAGAUUAAAAUCUCUACAAAUGUCUACAAUGAUAAGAACUGUGGAUUUCUGCACACUAGUAUUAUAGACGAGCAUCUGAUUGAUCACUUUAUUCCUUUCCUACCUCUGGAGCUGAAGCAUGUUCGCCAGUGUGUUUUGGCUGAGAUGAAGCAUCUGAACAUCACAAAAGAUGAUGAACUGGCUGAUGAAGUGGCCAGAGACAUGCCUUACUUCCCUGAAGAAGAGAGAAUAUUUGCUGUUAAAGGCUGCAAGUCAGUCAGACAGAAGUUGGUGCUGCAUGUUGAUGAAUAGACUUCUCACAGCUGUUUGCUUUAUAAAUUAUUUGUAGAACCAGAA